GGACUAGGCCACACUAGGCUAGGCUAGGCUACACUAGGCUGGGCUGGACUCGGCUGGGCUCUCUAGUCCUGUGUCCCUCGCUGACGUAUUUCUGCACCAACAGCCUGAGAGGAGAAUCUAAGAAGGACCAUCCUUCCCCGGGUUCCCGUCACCAUGGACACCUUUUUCCGCCACUUCAAGCGAAAGGACACCGGCCCUCCGGCCGAGGAUGUGUACUGUUGCGCCCGCCGGGCUAGUGUCGCCGUGCCGACCAGCAAGGCCCGGCGGCGCUCCAGCGUGGGGCUCCCGUCGGCCGCCCUGGCCCAGCGCCGGGGGUCCCGCGUGCAGCAGGGGCCCUGUGCCAGGGGCAGCAGGCUGGCCAGGGUGGUGUGCUACAGCAAGGCGUCCAGCUACAGCAAGGCGUCCGGCUACGUCCGGCGGCGCUCCAGCACCACCACUCCCAGCAUGAACCCCCGCUUCGCCGUGCGGCGCAGGAAGGCGGGGAAGUUGAGCACCAUCGACACCCACCUGCUGGGGCCGUCCAUGCUGCUGGCCAGCCUCAUCCAGAUGACGGAGGAGGAGGAGGAGGAGGAGGGGGGAGGAGGGGGGCCCACCAGGGAGCCCCAGGUGGAGAUGAGGGGAGGCAACGAGCCCCCGUCCCCCUCCAGCACCCUCCACUCUGAUGGGGACGACAGCGACUACCUGAGCCCCAACGAUGGAGCCAGCCAGACGGAGGGUGAAGACCUGCCCUCUGAGGAGGAGUCGUCUGUGGCCGAGGACGUCAGCUUGUCGGACCAGGAGAUAGAGGACACCUCGUGGUGGCUCAACCCCCGACCCUCCUGCUCCUCCUCGCCUCUAGGGGCGCUGGUGGAGAGGGGGACGUCGCCCUCGCGGCCGCUCAUACGUGCCCCUCGAUGCCUGAGAAGGAACUCUUCGCGGUUGUUGCCGGGCGAUGCGGCCCGCUACGUGCGGUCCAGCCAGAGGAAGAGGAGGCGGCUCUCCCACAUCUCCAAGGUGGGGAGUCCCUGGCCAGGCCGUGGGCCCCCCAUGCCCAGCCGGAGGAGCUCUGUGUACCUCCACCACCCCGCCCUCUACAGGGGCCCUGGGGAUCUCAGUCCAGGGCUGGGGGCCCACUAUGACCCCCGGCUGGAGAGCUGGACUGGCUUCCUUCUGAAAGCCAUAGCUAAGUCUGGCCUGCAGCAGCUGUCCACCGAGCCCAGCGCCUCCUCGCCCUGCAAGCCUGAGCCGCCCAGAGAGAUACGCAGCACCGUGGACUGGACUGAAAAUGCCCAGUUUGGAGACCAUAUCUGGUUUGAGACAAGUGUUUCUGGGGAUUUCUGCUAUGUCGGGGAGCAGUACUGCAUCGCCAAAACCAUGCAAAAAUCGGUGGCAAGAAAGAAAUGUGCUGGUUGCAAGAUAUCGGUCCAUACAAUGUGUAUUGAGCAGCUAGAAAAAAUCAAUUUCAGGUGCAAGCCAUCGUUCAGGGAUCCAGGAUCCAGGAACAUUCGAGAACCAAACGCCGUCCGUCACCAUUGGGUCCACAGGCGUCGUCAGGCGGGGAAGUGUCGACAAUGCGGGAAGGGUUUCCAGCAGAAGUUCUCGUUCCACAGUAAAGAGAUUGUUGCCAUUAGCUGUUCGUGGUGCAAGCAGGCAUACCACAACAAGGUGACCUGCUUCAUGCUGCAGCAGAUCGAGGAGCCGUGCUCCCUGGGUGCCCAUGCCUCUGUAAUCGUCCCUCCUACCUGGAUUGUACGCGUCCGGAAAGCACAGACCUCGUUAAAAUCAAGUAAAAAGAAGAAACGUACGUCUCUUAAGUGCAAGCCCAGCAAGAAGGCUCCAGAGCUCCAGGAUGGCCAGUGGAAGCCCUUCGUCGUGAAGCCCGUUCCCUCGCAGCUCAUGAAGCCUCUGCUGGUGUUCGUCAACCCCAAGAGUGGAGGCAACCAGGGAGCUAAGAUCAUCCAGUCCUUCAUGUGGUAUCUGAACCCUCGCCAGGUUUUUGACCUCACACAGGGAGGACCUAGAGAGGGGUUAGAAAUGUAUGCCAAAGUACCCAACUUGCGGAUAUUAGCGUGUGGAGGGGAUGGAACUGUGGGUUGGAUCCUUUCCGUUCUGGACCAGCUGCAGCUGAACCCUCAGCCCGCGGUGGCCGUCCUUCCUCUGGGGACAGGAAAUGACCUGGCGCGCACCCUCAACUGGGGAGGGGGCUACACGGACGAGCCGGUGUCCAAGAUCCUGUCUCACGUGGAGGACGGGAACGUGGUCCAGCUGGACCGCUGGUCCCUGCAGGUGGAGCCCAACACCGAGGUCUGCCAGGAGGAGAAGGAUGAGCAUCAGACCGACAAGCUCCCCAUAGACGUGUUCAACAACUACUUCAGCCUGGGUUUCGACGCUCACGUCACGCUGGGCUUCCACGAGUCCAGAGAGGCCAACCCAGAGAAAUUCAACAGCCGUUUUCGCAAUAAGAUGUUCUAUGCAGGGACUGCCUUUUCUGACUUCUUAAGCGGCAGCUCCAAGGACCUGGCCAAACACAUCAAAGUUGUGUGUGACGGCACAGACCUGACCUCUAAAGUUCAGGACCUCAAGUUGCAGUGUCUUCUCUUUCUCAACAUUCCCAGGUACUGUGCUGGCACCAUGCCUUGGGGUCACCCUGGCGACCACAACGACUUUGACCCCCAGAGACACGACGACGGCUGCAUCGAGGUCAUCGGCUUCACUAUGACCUCCCUGGCCACACUGCAGGUGGGGGGUCAUGGAGAGCGUCUGCACCAGUGUAAGGAGGUGACCCUUACCACCUCCAAGCCCAUCCCCAUGCAGGUGGAUGGGGAGCCCUGCAAGUUGGCCCCCUCCCUCAUCCACAUCACCCUCAGGAACCAGGCCAACCUGGUGCAAAAGACCAAGAGGAGGAUCUCCAUGCCCCAGCUCAACGAUCAGCAGUUCCUUCCUGAGAACCUGCAGAUCAGAGUGAGCAGGAUCAGCAUGCAGGCAUAUGAGGCCCUGCACUACGACAAGGACAAACUGAAAGAGGCCUCUAUCCCUCUGGGGGUCAUCAUUGUGCCAGGAGACAGCGACCUGGAGACGUGUCGAUCACACAUCGAGAGCCUCCAGCAGAACCUGGAUGAGGAAAGUGAUGGAAUGAAAUCUGAGAGUCUGUCUUCUCAGAAGCUAUCCCCGAAAUGGUGCUUUCUUGACUGCACAACUGCCGAUCGGUUCUACAGGAUAGACCGUGCUCAGGAGCACCUGAACUAUGUGACAGAGAUCUCCCAGGACGAGCUGUUCAUCCUGGACCCUGAGCUGGUGCUGAAGGAGACGGUGGGGACGUCUCCAGGCAUGCCCGACCUGGUGGACUCCUACGGAGAGGCCCAGGCCGACGCCCAGCAGUUCGCCUUCCCCUCCUCCUCCUCCUCCCCCAUCUCCUCUCCUGGACCACGGGCGAGGGAUUCUCAGAGGAAGAGGGUUUCCAGUGACAGCUCUGUGAUCGAGACUCUGGCCUACGGCGGCUCCCAGGCCUCCUCCAAGACAGGCCUCUGCAGUUCCGAAAGCACUGCCUCAAGCGACCCAGAAAAAGUUUCAGAGUUGAUGGAGUGUGUGAAAGCAGAAGACCUUCACAGGCUCAGGGAGCUACACCAAGAGGGGUCCGACAUGGCAGCCCAGGACAGCCUGGGGGGCACGUUACUCCACUAUGCAGUGAGCUUGGGCAACAAGGAGAUCGUCAAGUACAUCAUAGACAACACUCCUACAAGCCACCUGGAUGUUCCAGAGAGGGAGACAGGGGAGACCGCCCUUCACAAAGCAGCCACGGCGUGUGAGAGAACCAUCUGCCACUACCUGGUGGAGGCCGGAGCAUCUCUCAUGAAGACAAACCUGCAGGGUGAGACACCUAAGCAGCAAGCAGAGAAGGCAGAAGACCAGGAGCUGGCGGAGUACCUGGAGAACCGCCAGCACUACCAGAUGAUCCAGAGAGAGGACCAGGAGACUGCUGUCUAACUCACACUCAAACGUACACACACACAUACACACACCCUCUCUUUUUCACACAUAUACACACAAGUACAAGUACACACACCAUCGUCCUCGUCCUUCCCUCCUCUCUCUCAGCCGAACCAUCCUUCUCCAGAAGGAAGCUGUUGAACAGGGUUCCUGAGGUCCCCUCCGGGUUUACAUGCCAGGCUGCUAGUAGACAAACAGCUACGAUGAUCUGGUGUCAGACUCAGGAACACUGUUCCCUCAGUGGGGGUGGAUGGGACGGGGCAGGUGAGGGUGGGCAGGUGGGGGUGAGUGGGCAGGUGGGGGUGGAUGGACCUUGUGCUUUUCCCUCUUCUCCAAACGGGCCCAAGUCUGCGACUGAACUGCAGAGCACACAGCAAGCGAAUGAUGUGACUGAACUGCAGAGCACACAGCAAGCGAAUGUACAUCGACACACGUGGAAACACGUUUGGGGGGAUUCUUUUCACGGCUAGAAUAAGCGUAUUUGAAUGUGGCUUUUAUCGACUUCCCAAUAUGCAAUGACAAAAUAUCUUAAGGAAUGUAGAGAUUUGGAUGGCGUCAUUGAAAGGGAUCGAGGUGGUUCUUCAGUAGCUAGGCAGGCAGGAUUUUAUUGUCAUAAGUGUGGGCUUGAGAUGACGGCUCCUAGAUUUUCCUAUGAAUUUUAGUGACUUAUGGAUGUAUUUACUCGAAGGACAGUGUUCAGGAUAUUUAACUUUUAAAAGUAUGUUUAUCACUGAAUUUGAGAUAUUUAUGAUAAUACUAUACUAUUUAUAAUGAUAAGCUUUCAUAUUUGCUUAUGAUCAAAUGAAAACCACAAGCAUCCGAGUGUAACAAAACAGCAGUUUUAUCUUCACUGCUUCCUGCUUCCUGCUUCAGUGCUGCACUGCUUCCUGCUUCAGUGCUGCACUGCUUCCUGCUUCAGUGCUGCACUGCUUCCUGCUUCAGUGCUGCACUGCUUCCUGCUUCAGUGCUGCACUGCUUCCUGCUUCAGUGCUGCACUGCUUCCUGCUUCAGUGCUGCACUAAUUCCUGCUUCAUUGCUGCACUGCUUCCUGCUUCAGUGCUGCACUGCUUCCUGCUUCAGUGCUGCACUGCUUCCUGCUUCAGUGCUGCACUGCUUCCUGCUUCAGUGCUGUGUUUCUUUGUGGCUUCGACCUUUGGUCACGGCGUUACAUUAUACAGUUUCCAAAUAUUUAUAUACAGCUUUGAAAUAUUUUUCUGUAAUCAGUCUUUGUUUGUUACAUAAAAUGUAAAUUUAAUGUAUUUUUCCAAAUGUGAAUUUGGCAAUGUAAACUGUAAAUACCUCCAUAUAAACAUCGUGGAAGGGAUCUUUGGUGUAGAAAAUGCACUGGUUUAGCGUGGAUGGUUAACAAGAUCCUGACCUUGCUGGCUGGACAAUGGAAAGUGAUCCCUGUUUCUGCCAAAGCAACGAUGCCUGCCAUUUGUUCUGUUACACCAUGAUGAAUCCUGCAACUGCAGACCUACUUUAGUUGUUAAAUGUUUCUCAUGUAGAUCUCAUUCUUUUUUUAAGAGAAGGGGUGAAAUGAGUUAGCAAUAACAAUGACCCAUUAAAAGGAGAAAGUCCAUCGUCCCUUUCAUCCCUUAAUAGAUUAAUAUAAUUAUUACUUAAUUAUUAGCACUAACUAUUACACUUGCCAUUGCAAUCCAAUGAUUUCAGAUUUGAUUGUGGGUGAAUAUGAACAUAUGGUGGGAUAGAUGUGUUAUGCCAAAGUUCAGUAAGUGACCCUUUACAUAGCAGGUUUUUAUCUUGUGGUAUAACAAAAUGUAUCAAACAAAAUCUGUUUUUAAUGGCCCAUCGUUACAACUACUGUCAGUUAUUUCCAUAAUUAAGUGUCUUUCAAAUAUUAGUCAGUUUACAUGAUAAUUUUGUGUUGAAAUGUGGGGGAACUUGUGUGAACACUGUUUUAAAGAUUGUGUGCAACCUAAAGUAUCCAACAUCAGUUUACUUUUUUGUGUAAAAUUGUACUUAAGUAUUAUUAAAAACAUUGCUUGACCUUAGUGAAAUGUAGAGGGAUAUUUAUCAAACUACUUGCUAUUACUGGCUCGGUUUAGUUUUGUAAGGGGCUAUAACAACAAUUAGUUGUCUGUAUUAUCAAUGCUUUGUUUUUGAGUUGCUGUGCAAUUCAGGGUUAGAGAAUUUGCAUUUGAAAAAGUGUGCUGAGUGCUAAAACAGAUGUCUGAAUGACUGCUCUGUCCAAACCUAGUCCUUGUAAUUAUAGAGAUUUCAUCAGUGAAGUUUUGUACUUAUGAUGAGCAACCAAAAUUAAGGACAGGUCUGUAUCAAUUGUAAAA